AUGGGAAAAUUAAUGGCAAAGAGGUUUUGCAUUGGGUUUGGAUGUGGAAGAAUUGGGACGGGCAACAGCAACAAUAAAAGAUCAUCAUCAUCAGCUUCAUCAUCAUCAUCAUCCUCGUCAACAUCCUCAUCAUCAUCAUGUAAUAAUAACAACAUAAAGUGGGAGCUGAGGCCUGGAGGGAUGCUGGUUCAGAAGAGAUCAGAAGAUUCUAACACUGAAGAUUUGAUCAGCCUUAGAAUCUCUACCGUUUCUCAGCUUUCAUACGAAAUCUCCAUCGAUGCCAAUUCCACUUUCGGUGAAUUGAAGAUGAUGAUAGCUAUAGUGAGUGGAAUUGAGGCAAUGGAGCAAAGACUAUUGUUCAAAGGGAAGGAAAGAGAAGACAAAGAAUACUUACACAUGAUUGGUGUUGGAGAUGGAGACAAAGUCUUUUUAUUACAAGAUCCUGCUUUUAAGGAGCUGAAACUUCUUCAUCUCCCAAUUACUGCCUAA